AUGGUGGCGGUGCAUUGCAAUCAUCGAUUCGGGAGUUAGCCGCAAAGAGUUUUGCCAGUAAAUCGGCUUUCUCCUGCGGCUUAUGAGCUAGUGUUCCGUCUGGGCAUCUCAGAGGUGGCAGCGAGGGCUGGCAGAAGUUCUUUUGCACGGCCUUGGCCAAACGCCAAUAGCUACGGGAGCCCGUAGGAUGCGUUAUAAGUUCGUGACCAACACGUGCUACGCGCUGGGCAUCCGCUCUGAUGUAAGCCUUCUUACAGGCCUUGGAAGCAAUAUUGUAGGCUGCUUUUAGUGAUUCGACCCCGGGAUCCUUAAUAGCGCGGCCUCUGAUCCAAGCACGAUAUGCCGCUUGCUUACGCGAAGCAGCUUCAGCACAGUCGUGAUUGAACCAGAGGUUACGUGUGCCCUUACUGAUGAGAUUGGAAUGAGGAAUAUAGUAUUCCAUACCCAUUACAAUCUCCUCAGUAAUAGCAACGGCGCUGGCUGAUAGGUCCUUGUCACUGAAGCAGCGCUGCUUCCAAGGGACGGACGCUAAGUAGUCACGCAUACCGUCCCAAUCUGCCGACCCAUAAUGCCAAAUCCGGCGUUUUACCACCGUUGGACGUGGAGGCUUGGCCUGUGGCGCUUUGGCAGAUAUCAGGCAGUGAUCUGAAGAGCCCAGGGGGGCUCCUACCACAACCUGAUAGCCCUGUGGAUGGGUCGUGAGCAGAAGGUCCAGUAAUGAAGGCGCUUGACUUGAAAUAUCUGGAAUCCUGGUGGGCUGAUCGACCAGUUGUUUCAAGUCCUGCGUGAGAGCGAACGCGUGAGCAGAGAUCCCUGCAUGGUCAGUUUUCGAGGAACUUAACCACAAAUUGUGGUGAGCAUUAAAGUCCCCCAAAAACACCAAUUCUGCAUUGGGAAAUUGCUCCUGCGCGUCAUCUGCUGCCCGACUAAGAUGUUCGAAAAGUCGAGUUGUCUCAACAUCGCCAGUGUGGGAUCUGUAGAGGCACACAUAGACUCUGGCCUGGGGACCGGAAGUGGCCGCCGGGACCCCACGCCCCGGUCACCAACCGGCACGACGGUCCACCCCGACAUUAUGCGUGACAUGAUGGGGCAGCCUCGCGAACUGGUUAGGAACGCUCGGGCCCCUGUACUGUGCCACGGGCGGCCAGCGGGACAACCGUUUCUACGGGUCUCCCUGGCCGGCAGGUCGAUGUAGUCCUCCCGGCAUCGGUUCGACGGAUGCCUCGCCCUGGACCGAAUCCGUCGCGACAACCUACACUCGAGCCCUGGUUGUACGCUGGCUGACCCCGAAACGCGCGAGAAGCACUUCACGGGUUUUUCACCAUGCGCACGGUGGUAAAGAAACCAGGCGGGUGUUAGGCACCCUACCACCUUCAUUACUUAUUGAAGUUAUACUUCUUGAGGCGCGUUAUGAAAAAAUGAUGAGAGUGAAAUUUUAAGAUGCGCGCGCAUCACUGUAACACAAAAUUUUAACAGCAUGAAGUUGGUCGCUUUAGCGAUCUUUACCUUUAGCGACGAUGCUGUUACUUUUGUGUUUACCGCACAUUAAGAAAAUCUACCAACAAAAUAGAAAUAGAAUCUCUAUUUAGUGGGUGCUAACGACUGCAUUGUGAAGGCCUAUCAAAAGUAUUUAUUAAUCUGGAACAACGGAACCAAAGCGCGAUUCAGGAGGCUACAGCGCCAUAUCUUGACCAUUGGUGUAGUAGAACCAAAAACCACAUCUUUAUUUUUUGUAAUAAAGUAACAGUUAUAGGUAUUCAUAUUUAUAAUAUCAAAAGUAUUUAUUAAUCUGGAACAACGGAACCAAAGCGCGAUUCAGGAGACUACAGCGCCAUCUCUUGACCAUUGGUGUAGUAGAACUAAAAACCACAUCUUUAUUUUUUGUAAUAAAGUAACAGUUAUAGGUAUUCAUAUUUAUAAUAUUUAUCCACAUGUUUCUAGUUUGUAUAUUCGGAAUACGUUUUUGAGUUUCAUACAAGUGCAAAUCACAUAUGUUCUAAUAAAUUAUAUUCAGUAGCGAUUUUAAUUGAAUACUUUGAUUAUUUAUUUAUUUUUUCAAAUUAAAACUGAACUUUAUUGACUGUGUCCUUUUCCAGACUUUUUAUUAAUUUAUUGUAAUUAAUUAUUUGCAUGCAAUUAAAAACUAAUUUUAAACGAUGCCAAAGAAGGAUAACUUCUCACGCGCCUACAUAAGUACACGCACCCAUUUUUUUAGAUACAGAAAUACUAAAAUGAGAUCAGUAUAAUUAUGGCCACUGCAUAUAAAACAAUCAAACAUUAGCUAUCGGACCUUAUGAGAAUAACAAACAUCGUUUGAUAAGAAAGAAAGGUCAAUAACCGUAAGAAAGUUCAUCUCAAUAUAAGUAUAAAGUUUUGCCAACAAUUUCAAAAGCUAAAUAGCAGCGAAGAGAGACUAAAUUUUCUUUUAAUUCCUUCCCAAAUACUAAUAGAUAAAUGAGUACACUCUGACUAUUCGAAUCCUGAUCAAACAGUUUUGCUAAAAAUAUUCUUCAUGUUGGACUCAGAAGGGCCUUUCUAGGAUUCCUGAAAAAAAUGCAUUUUCUUCGCAAUAAAGCUGCCACCUGGACGUUCUAAUUAAGACUUAUUUCCAAUUUUAUUGUUUUCGUCUUACGAAUUUUCGAUUAGGUCACGUGUCCGAACGCGAUCAGGUCACGUGUCAUGAUGCGAUGUGGUUACGUGUCCUGACGCGAGUUUAACAGUUUUUACCAACGAUAUUAAAUACCCUAGAUACACCACGAGCGCUCAAAAUGUGUCCCAAUCAAGAAGUGCUUGAACUCCACCCAAGCACUUCUUGAUUCACAGUCACGCGCGGACCUAGCGUGUCGUUUUUUCCACAGGUAUAUUGUCAAUGUUUGUUAAUUUAACGCAUUUGAAGUAAAUUUUGAUCUAAUACUUACUAUAAACUGAUUUAAUAAUAAAUAUUUUUGAUAUUCAAAUGAAUGGUCGGUUAUACGUCGCCAUAUAGCCGUCUCUUUUCCUCGCGGUCCGUGCCUGCUAUAUUGCUAACAGCGCGUUCAGAAUUACGCGUAGAGUCAAAGAACUAAGGUCUAAAUUCUUCCGCAUAUAGCAAUAAGUCGUAAAAUUUUACGAGCUUACAUUUCGAACUGUCAGAAGUCCUUGACGCGUGCGUUUUAUUUAAGACCUGAUACAGUAUGUAUUAAAGCUUACUUUCAAUAUUUAAAUAAUGCCUUAUAUUGAUUUUGACUACGCGAUCAUCUUACGGAGCUCCGUGAAUCGUUCAAUGUGCCUUUUGGACAGGUUCCGGGCACGAUUUUGUUCGUGUUGGUGUAUCUAGGAUAUUUCAUAUCGUUGGUUUUGACCCAUUACAAAAAAAGUGUACAACGCCGCUCAAGUUUUAUUUCUUUCUUUUCUAAUAUAAGUUGAGGUUUCAAAUGUUACACAUCAUACGCGACUACUGUAAGGAUCGUAAAUUUUCACUUCAAUAACGUUGAUAUGUGUAAAAAUUAUGAAACUAUUAAACUGUCUGAUUCUGAUUAAAAAUGUUUUCUUUUUGUCACCUCUGACUUUAACUUGCAACUAAAUAUUUAAAUAAUUCGAAUAUAAAUUACAACAUUACAAAAUAUCGUUAAAUCUACCGUAUUUAUUUUUAGAGGAAUUUUACCAACCAUCUAGAUUCAAAAGUUCGCAGUUCGCAGCACUGUAGAGAGCGGGGAACGUUCCAAACCUACGCUCCAGGUGCAAGAAAUGUCUUUGAAUACAUAAUAAUGGUGUCGAUUCUGGCAUGAUUUUCUAAAACUAAACUUAUUUGACAACGGUGUAUCCUUGUAAGAAUGAAAAGGAGACUGAUGUUAAAUUUAGUUUUAAGUUCUAAGAAUCAUGCCAUAGUCAACACCAAUGUCAAAAACUUUAGGGUAAAAACUCAGAACGUAGGUUUGGAACGCAGUCCGGUUAUUGACAACGUAACCUCAAAAAGCGGUGCCGCCAUUUGCAUGACGGUGACGGCCGUGUUGUCGUUGUCGAAUGGUACGUGCGUGUUAGUGAACGUCUUUAUUGAUAGCGGUGAACGCAUUUGUGUUUUUCCGACCAAUAUGACAUCCAAAAUGAGUUCUAACUCCAACUGGAGCAGCAAAGACGACGAAAUUUUAAUAAGUUUCGUACGUAACCACGAAGCUAUUUAUUAUAUAAAAAGUAAAGAAUACAGAAAAACUCAGUUGAAACAGAAUUGGUGGCGUGAAAUUGGGAAAAUUUUAAAUAAAACAGAUUUUGAUUGCGCCAAGAGAUGGUGUUACAUACGAGACUAUUAUGUUCGACGUAGAGGAAAACCAGUUUCAAGCGGAGAAGCAGCAAAGAAAAGAUCUGUUCUCCUGUCAUUCUUGGACAACCUUCCUUCGUCCCAAAAAAGCAGUAUUACUAACGUUAUAGAUGAAAACAGAGGAAAUAAUAGCGUAAAAAUGGAAAAGAGUCAUGAUAACAGCAAACGAACACAAAUCCCAGAAAACGAAAGUUUAGUAACGGAUAAUUCUAACAAUAGCAAAGAAACACAAUCAAACAGUCAGGAAAUAGAAAAUUUCAAAUGUGAUAAUAAUGGUCAUAGAAAAUAUGAUAAAGCUAAGAACGACAAGAAAGCCAAUUAUAAUGCACACGGUCAAGAAGGUCUCGGUCUCCUUGAGGAUUCUACUCAAAAUGGAUUACAUGAAAAUGAUCUCUUUUUUGCUGCAAUGGCAAAAAUAGUAAAGAAGUUGCCACCCUACGAGCAAAUUCAAUUAAGAAUGCAAAUAGGAUCAUUAGUUGGUAAUGCUGAAUUACGCCACCUAUAAAUAAUGAUAAUGUUUAAUAAAUCGUACAGUAUCAA